AUCUCCUCCUCACAAAGCUCAAAGCCUCCUUGCCUUCUGCAUCUCUCGUUCCUGAGCCAUGGAUCCUUGGCUCUACUAAUUAUCUUUCUUUGUUUGGAAAUUUUCCAAGGAAUUCCUGGUGUUUCUCUAUAUUUAUUCCGCCAUUGACGAAGAUUUCAGAAGAAGCGUGGAUGUUGUAAUGGAAGCGAAAGGCGGUAAGAAAAAGUCGAGCAGUAGUAGUAGUAGUAGCAAGAGUAGUAAAAGGCAACAAUACGAAGCUCCUCUUGGUUACAUUAUUGAAGACGUUCGUCCUCACGGUGGUAUUGAAAAGUUCCGAUCUGCUGCGUAUUCCAACUGCAUGAGGAAGCCAUCUUGAUACCUUUGUGCACCAAAAAAGGAGGUGUCUCUGUAGAUUACAACUUCCGAUUUCGAUUUUGCUUUAGUGAUCUUAAUUAGGGCCAAUUUCUUGUUCAAUCUGAGAACAGAAACGUUCCAAGUUUCUUUCGUUUGCUUUUGUUGAUUUUCCUGUUGUUGUGAGGUACUUCGAUUGUGUUCAACCAUGACUGUGUGCACCAAACUGACAGACGCAUCGGUGCAUCCGGCACCGGAACAACCUCCAUCUCCAAUCGGUUUCGAAGGCUUCGAAAAACGUCUAGAAAUUACAUUCUCCGAGCCGCCUAUCUUCCAGGAUCCUGAAGGACUCGGUCUCCGAGCCUUGACUCGAACUCAACUCGAUUUAAUCCUCGAACCUGCUUGCUGUACUAUCGUAUAUCGUCUCUCCAACUCCGAAUUUGAUUCUUACGUCCUCUCCGAAUCGAGCCUCUUCGUUUAUCCACGAACAAUCAUUCUCAAAACUUGCGGCACCACCAAGCUUCUCCUCUCCAUUCCGAUGAUUCUCCAACUCGCUGAUUCGCUCUCACUCGCCGCCGUCGCCGUGAAAUACUCCCGUGGAACCUUCAUCUUCCCCGACUAUCAACCUGCUCCUCACCGGAGCUUCUCCGAGGAAGUUACCGCACUGAAUGUCUACUUUGGUCAUUUCCACUCAGAGGCUUACGUGAUCGGCGAUCCGGCCGUUCCAAAUCGCAACUGGCAUAUCUACUCGGCCGUGAAAUCGCAUUCGUAUAUGAACCGUACUCGUACGGAUAUGGUUACUCUGGAGAUUUGUAUGACGGGCUUGAACAAAGAGAAGGCCGCGGUGUUUUGUAAAAAAUCUGGAGGCGACUCAUCGGCGGAUAAAAUGACGAAAAUGUCCGGAAUCUCUGAGAUUAUUCCGAAUCACACCAUCUGCGACUUUGAAUUCGAUCCGUGUGGAUACUCGAUGAACGGGAUUGAAGGUGCAGCGUACUCUACGGUGCACGUGACUCCAGAGGAUGGUUUCAGCUACGCCAGCUACGAGGCUAUGGGCUUUGACACAACGGAGCUGCCGUUCUCCCAGCUGGCGAACCGGGCGCUCCGAUGCUUUUCUCCGGCGGAAUUCUCAAUUGCCGCCACGUGCGGCAGUAGCUCCCUAAUGUGGACCGUUGAUUGUGAUGCACUAGAGGGGUACACGUGUGACAACGUGGUGAAGCAGGAGCUGCCAGGUGGCGAGUGGCUAGUUUACCGUACAUAUACCGUCGACAGAAGGCCCGCCGAGCCCCAACCGUGCAAGGCGCCGCUGAUACAGUGCUGGAAGGAAGCCGCCGAUGCGGCGGAGGAAAAGGCGGUGCUCUGCCGUAUGCCGUCUGCCUAGGAAGAAUGUUGUAGAGCUAGAAAUCUUUUCAUACAUCUCUAGCGUUACAGGGCAGUGAUGUGACUGAGUCACAGCUAGGUUUUUUCCUGUUUGUUUUUAAUAAGCAAUUGCAACUUCUG